GUGGUAUGCUAAUGAUUUGCCUUCGGUUAUUGUGUACGGUGUCUAUGGCCGGGGGUAGCGCUAAGUGGCUGUCGCUCGUCGAAUGGCUGAAAUGAGAGGAUCACUUACGGUUGACUGAAAAGCUAAACUGUUAAACCAGUCAUUAUAGCUGUGUGUGCUGUUUUCUGCUGAAUAUGCUGUCGGAGGGCAGUUCCUUCAUGAAGGGGAUGGCGAUGGGGGGCUUGUUUUGUUUGGUGGUGUCCCUCAUUGGGAGUUUCAGCUCGGGGGGUCAGCCCAGCGUGGAGCUCCACCUCCACCACCACCUCAAGGCCCCCAGCAAGGAGGAGCUGCAGAGGCUGCCAGAAGCCCACAAGCUGGAGUUGAGCCAGAAGGUGCGCGUUUACUGCAUAAUCAUGGUCCAGCCCAAGGGGCUUCUUCACUGGGCCACUGCCAAGGACACCUGGAGUAAGCACUGUGACCGGGCCGCUUUCUACUCUUCCGAAUCGGCCAAAGCCCUGGAGGCCGUGGACCUGAAGGAGCAAGACGAGUGGGCCAAGCUUCGGAAGGCCCUGAAGCACGCCUACGACAAUGCCGGCGACCUGCGCUGGUUCUUCGUGGCGCGACCCACCACCUUCGCCAUCAUCGAGAACCUGAAGUACCUGGUGCUGAACAAGGACCCCGGUCAACCCUUCUACAUCGGCAACGCACUCAAGUCCGGCGAGCUGGAAUAUGUGGAGUACGAGAGUGGCAUAGUGCUCAGCCUGGAGGCCCUGAGGCGGCUGGUGGGCAUCUUCCACGAUGAGGACAAGUGCCCGGAGCGCGGCCGCGCGAUCUGGAAGCUGAGCGAGGAGAAGCAGCUGGCCGUGUGCCUGAAGUACACUGGAGUGUUCGCCGAGAACGGGGAGGACUCGCGGGGCAAGGGGCUCUUCAACAGCAAGGCCGUGGGCUCCCUCAUCUCCGCCAGCCUGGCCCGCAACCCGCCGGACGUGAUCGAGGGCUGCUGCUCCGACAUGGCCGUCACGUUCAGCGGGAUGACCCCCAACCAGAUGCAGGUCAUGAUGUACGGGGUGUACAGGCUGCGCCCGUACGGGCACGAUUUCCAUGACUCGUUAAUGUUUCUGCCCCCGGAGGGUUCGGACAACGACUGAGCCCGCACCAGGAACCAGUGACGGCAACACUCGAAGAAGGACGCUGUUAUGUGGGGACUGUUUUGCACAAGGUGGUAAUCAUUUUAGUCUUAGUUUUUGAACACUUUUUAGGUUUUAUCACCAACACUCACACUGACACAGACAUAUUCAGAGGAAUUAAUUUUCAGCCUGGAGUCAUUCACUCCCCAAGUGCUGCUAAGGGAAUUUUAAUCCAUUUUUAAUCCAUUACAAAACUGUGUAUGUGUGUGUAUGGGUGUGCCUGUGCAAUACCAAAUAUUGACAGUAGUAACCACCUGGUACAGUUGGGAACCAGGUGUGACCUGGUUUACAACUGGUGUCGGAAGGAAUCGUUAUCGACUUCCAAUUUAUUUGUUUUCAAAUUUUUCUACUUUUUGAUGUCCCAAAAUUUAGUUGUUUCCACUCUGUUGGUUGUCACUGGUUUAUGUAUCAGUGAGGCACAUGGAUACAAGCAAUUAUUAUUAUUUUAACCUGUGUAGCUUGAAAUCUAAUAGCUCAGUGCUGUUAUGUUUGAAUGUUUGAGUUGGUGACUGAUUAUUUUAAAAAGGAAAUGGCUCUUUUUUUGAAAUGUUGCUUUGCCAGACUUGAUGGCCAGACUGCAUAAUGAGCUUUUUACAUAAUUAUUGACUGAAUCAUUGAAUGAACAAUAACCUAUUAAAAACAUUAAUUUAUAGCAUUUUGUAAAAAUUGUGAAACCGAAGGGAUAUGUACUUAUUUUAAUCUAAGCAAACGUAUGUGGGAAUGUGGAAACUGCAGUGCCCUCAUCAGGACAAAGAAAGCCAUGUCCCCAAAAUACACCCACACUGUUACUUUGUCUGAAAUGGUGAAAACUGUCAGGUUACUGAGUGCUCAUCUGGUGUAGAAAGCUGGGGUAUAAUGUCCCUUCCCAGUUUUCCACUUUACUGUCUGCCAAAAUCAGGGUGACUCUUGCUGCAGAAGAAUGUACAGUGUGGGUAUCUUUAGAACAUGAGACAUUUCGUGUUGUCUAUGGCAGACAUGGGUUAGCCAAGUCUUAACUAGAGUACCAGUAAGGCUGUUUUGCUCAUAAUAUCCUAUCAAGAAGGAAGUUUUUUCCCCUGAAGUGAAUUGAAGAAGUUGAGAGAGGAUGUUGAUAUUAAAACAAGAAGUAAAAAAGAAAGUGAUAAUACCAUAUUGGGUAAAUCUGGGAGGCACUGUGUACCUUAUAAAUUAAUCUGGUCAUGAAUGAAGAUGCAUCUGGUCAGUACAUUGAUCACAUUGGUGCUAAUCAUGAUGGUCAUUUUUUUCCUGAGAAAAUGAAGGUUUCCAAUUCAUGUAGAAACUGUAUUUGGAUCUGUUUUCUGUAUGACAUUUCUUUCAAAAAUGUGAAAUAGGAUUUUUUAAAUUAUUAUUUCUGUGAGAAUUCCCAGCCUAACUAGUGCAAUAAGAUUUACGACCUUCGCUCCUUCCACUGGUAAAACCGCCAGUGUUGCUCCCGUUUCAGAUCGAUAAAAAUUCAGCACCCUUAGAAUGAGGGAAAUACAAAUAUCUCUGAGCUGUAGUUAUUUUUAAAAAUUAUUGUAGUCACAUCCAAUCAUAUUAAAAUUUUCUACAGUACAACUUCUUUUGUCCCAUUUUCACCAGCUAUUAUAUUUUUACAAACAUACCAGAAGAGAUACAUUGAAGGUAAUAUGUUUUGUCAAAAACCUAAAUGAUGUAAAUUAUAACUGCUUUAAUUGUGCAAAUAUUUUUGAAUGACUUUUCUAUGCUUUUUCGUAAAUGUAGGAGCUAAUAAAUGGUAUACGAUUAUGUUUUAUGGUGUCGACAUGGUUGCUAAAUGUUAUUUUGAAUCAAUUUUGAUAUUAAACGCAAGACAAAUACU